AUCACGAGAUUAAUUGCCGCCACAGCGCUUGCACGACGGAACAUCUUCCCUGCUGCCCAAAGCCCCCUUUCCACGAUGACCUUCCUCUCACGCAUCAAAUUAAAUUAGCUUCCGUCCGCUUUCAAGAUUCAUCGCCACAAACCAUCCAAAAACUUCCCCAUCUCUUCUCCUCCCAUGGAGUCUCCUCUCCCCAUCAUUAAUCUAUUUUCUCUUCUCUGAUUCCUUGCAUCAUUUACCCCAUUUCUAUAUACCCUCCAUGGCUCCAUUCUUCUUCUCUAAUCCCUAUCUAUUCUCUUCCUCGGCACUCUUCUCACACCCGAAGCCGCCAUCCUCAGCAAAAGAGGGCCGCCCAUUCUCCGGCUUGGCCGUUGAUCAGAUCUCCGCUGUUUGACAGCCGAAGGAUGCCGCCGAUCAUGGCGCAUCAUCAAUCAGAUGCCAGUCGAACCGAGCAGAUUAUCUCGCAGUUCUUUCAUAAGACCCUACACGCCGUCCUCACCGCCCGAAUCCCCCGCCUAGCCGUAGCCGGUGCCGGCCGAGUGCGGCGGCGCGACCAGUGGUUCAACCUUGCGAUCGGAGAAUUCCCGCCCGCACUAGAGAACUCUGGCUUAUGGCAGCAAGGCGUGACGGAACCGAUGAUCGUCGACGUCAUUCUCUCGCCACGCGAUGGCUUUGAGUCGGUGGCUAUCAUUGAACGAUGGACGACGCAGUGCGAUACACCUCUGCCUUGGGGAGACGGCAUGUCAUCGUCGGCAUCCUUCUAUAGAAGGACAUACAAGAAGUCUACCCUUCUCCUGCGGUCCAUAUACUCCCUUCUCCGGUUUCUCCCCGCUUAUAGAGCUUUCAGAUUGCUGUCAUCUUCCAACCAGUCUUCUAACUACGAUCUGAGCUAUAAGGUUUCGUCGAUCGCGGAGCCAUUUUCUCGGGAGGAGGAGAAGGGAUUCAAGUUGCAGGCAUUCCCGCCAGUGGAGAGCCAAUUGGGCCAUCUCUCCGUCUCGGUUCUUUAUCGCCCGACUCUCGAUAAUUUUAAUUUAGAAGUUUCAUCCUUGUUGCCGCCUAUGAUAAUUGCGGAUUAUGUAGGAAGCCCAGCUGCUGAUCCGAUAAGGGCUUUUCCUUCCUCCCCGUCGGAGAAGGGCAUGCGUCCGGUAUCUUAUCCCCAGCGCGGCGUGCGCCCGUCGGCGGCGCCAGUUUUCCAGCGGCCUCAUAGCUGGACCACUACGCCGAUGGCAAAUCAUCCGCUGCAUUCUGCUGUAGAUGCAGUCGCCGAGCAGCGAGUGUCUCCACCUGAUUAUUUUGGACAGCGAAUGACAAUUCCUCGGCAAUCUGGUCAUAGGAAGGGUAGCUUCAGUUUUGAGGAGUACCGGCUCUCGCCUCCGUUCUCGGCGUCUCCUACUCCAUCUCCGCCUACCAAUGCGGCUAAUGCUUUGCAGGCUAGAUUGCGAUCAGAGACUCCUCCAGUCAGCAUACCGCAGCCGAUGAUGGGGAGAAACCAUCUGCAUCGCACUCCUAACUUUUCGGAUCCGACUAGAAGCUUGUUGCCACCGCCAUCGCCCAGAAAUGCACGGGCUGAUGUUUUGGAGGAUUCUCCUUCUUCGAGGUCUUUCAGAAAGUCGGGGGAUCUUACUUCGCUUCUGUACACGGCUCCUAAGGUGCUUAAAGACACUAAAGAUGAUUCUGGACGAUUCUCUAGUGUUAUUUCUUCUUCAGGCUCGCCGAGGUUUGUCUUCUCAAGGAGUUCAAGCAGAAAAUCACUGCAGGAUGAUCUUGAGGACCUUGACUUUUCUUGCCCUUUUGCAGUGGAUGAUGUCGAUACUUCUGAAUCUCAAAACAGAAACCAUGAUAGCAAAGAUGUUUUGGAGUUUGGCCAGACAUCACCAUAUCGAUCACAGGACGCAGCAGUAGGAGCUCUUGUUCACAUGCUGAGGACUGCGCCCUCUCUGCGCCAAGAUCAAAGCCUCUCAUCCCAGUCCACCAAGUCCGAAGUCAAUUCUGAAGCCAGUACUUCUAGCUUUUUCCUGUCUCGUAAGAAGUCUGACGCACUGGAGGAGCUAAGAAGUUACAGGGAUAUGAAAGAAACUCUACUUUCCAAGAGUAGAAGCCAGAUGCUAGAUUCCCAAGAGCAAACAACAAAGUAGCUUCUGCAGCUAAUUUCUCAUUAUUCCGAACAAAGACUAGGACGCAUUUGUUGCUAAUGUCUGGUGCAAUCACCUUCACUGAUUCCAGGUAGGUGCUACUUUUUUUUCUUACCAAGACCAACAUUGUACAUAAGAAAUGUAACUUAAUUGUGAUUUCUUUGUUAUUGUUUAACAAUUGAUUUAGUUUAGUUGAAGGUUCAUCCCUUUUUCUAGGU